AUGUUUCAGGGUUCGGGUCUGAAAGGAAUGAUAUUGCCAGUUAUCUUACUGUUUCUUGCAACUCUGCAAGAAGCAAGUUCCCAUGGAGAUAAUCCCUUGGCGGGGAUUGCUAUCCACGAGGCAAGAUUUGCUCUUGAAGAGUCCGCUUUUAUCAAAGCCUCUCCUGGUGUUCUUGGAGCUCAGGGGGGAAAUCCAGAGUGGGUGACGUUGAGUUUCACUUCAGCAAACCCAUCAAACGAUGAUUGGAUUGGAGUCUUCUCUCCUGCUAAUUUUAGUGCUGCCAUUUGUGAUUCUGAAGGCUCGAUGGCUGGUGCUCCAUUUUUGUGCACUGCGCCAAUCAAGUUUCAGUAUGCAAACUACAGCAGUCCGAGAUAUAAAGACACCGGGAAAGGUUCACUGAGGCUUCUAUUGAUUAACCAAAGAUCAGACUUUUCAUUUGCACUCUUUUCUGGAGGAUUAUCUAAGCCUAAGCUGGUGGCCGUGUCAAACAAAGUUACUUUUGCAAAUCCAAAUGCACCACUUUACCCACGCUUAGCUCAAGGAAAGACAUGGAAUGAAAUGACUGUGACUUGGACAAGUGGUUAUGGCAUAAGCUCUGCUGAACCUUUUAUUGAAUGGGGUCAAAAAGGAGAUGUUCGUGUUCGGUCUCCAGCUGGCACUCUGACUAUUGAUCGUAGCAGUAUGUGCGGUCCCCCGGCAAGAACUGUAGGGUGGCGUGAUCCUGGAUUCAUUCAUACCAGUUUUCUGAAGGAGCUAUGGCCCAACACCGUGUAUACAUAUAAGCUUGGGCAUAAGUUGUUCAAUGGAACCUACAUUUGGAGUCCAGAAUAUCAAUUUAAAGCAUCUCCAUACCCAGGCCAAGAUUCAGUACAGCGAGUCGUCAUUUUUGGUGACAUGGGAAAGGAUGAGCCAGAUGGAUCUAAUGUAUAUAACAAUUACCAGCACGGUGCUCUGAACACGACUAAGCAGCUUAUUGAUGACCUAAAGAAUAUCGAUAUCGUCUUUCAUAUUGGAGAUAUUGUGUAUGCAAAUGGGUAUAUUUCACAGUGGGACCAAUUCACUGCACAGGUUGCGCCAAUUACAUCAAAAGUUCCUUAUAUGGUCGCAAGUGGUAACCAUGAACGAGACUGGCCGGGAUCAGGAUCCUUCUAUGGGACUAAAGAUUCUGGAGGAGAAUGUGGUGUGAUGGCCGAGACAAUGUUCUAUGUUCCAGCUGAGAAUAGAGCUAAGUUCUGGUAUUCGACGGACUAUGGAAUGUUCCGCUUCUGUGUGGCCGACACAGAGCAUGAUUGGAGGGAAGGGACAGAGCAGUAUGAGUUCAUCGAACGCUGUUUUGCUUCUGCUGAUAGACGAAAGCAGCCAUGGCUAAUCUUCAUAGCACAUCGUGUCCUAGGCUACUCAUCUGCAUCCUGGUACGGUGCCCAAGGAUCGUUUGAGGAACCCAUGGGAAGGGAGAGUCUUCAGAAGCUAUGGCAGAAGUACAAGGUCGAUAUAGCUUUCUAUGGCCACGUGCACAAUUACGAGAGGACCUGUCCCAUUUACCAGAACAUCUGCCUGGACAAAGAGAAGCACAACUACAAGGGCCCCUUCAAUGGGACAAUACAUGUAGUGGCUGGAGGAGGAGGAUCAGGGCUGGCAGAUUUCACCCCUCUCAACACCACCUGGAGUUUGUUCAAAGACCAUGAUUACGGGUUUACGAAGCUGACAGCUUUCGACCACUCGAACCUGUUGUUCGAGUAUAAGAAGAGCAGCGAUGGGAAGGUCUAUGAUUCAUUCACAAUCAACAGGGAUUACAGAGACAUCUUGGCUUGCAGUGUGGAUAAUUGUUCCCCGACAACCUUAGCAUCUUAG